AUGACAAACGUGCGUGUGCCGUUCGUCAAACUGAAGCGGAAGUUGAGGUGUAUGCCCCGGGGUGUAACGGUAGGGCAGCAUGCUGCUUCCGAUGAGAGUACAGCCCCAGUCUCCUACCCCCAGCUCGGUGAAAGGUCAGGUACCCUAACUGCCGAGGAUCGAUCAGCUGCAGAAGGGACGGCUGGAUCCGAAUCGUUCAUUGAUCUCGACAUAAUGUGCACUAUUUCACGAGCACAACCUACAUUCUACACAUCAUUUAAGAGGUUUCUUCUGUCAAAGCUGCAAAUUAAAGCUCGUUGCCUCGUCGGACAUUCCUCCAGAAGAACCGAGAGGACUGCAGUGGCUGCCAUAGCGAAUGAGCCCCAUUGUGGAAGCUCUAUUAGCAAUCGUCAACGUGACUGGAAUGAAGGGAAGACAAUCGAGAAGAUGAAGCGAGUUCAGAAGUUGUUGAGCAGUGAUGGUUUAAGAGAGGUCGCGAGGAAGUACCCUCAAGUUAACAAGGUAUCCACUGCUAGGAGGUGCACCAGUCCCCGGUGCACCUACGAGGAAGCUUAAUGAGCUACUUCACUUUACCUUCUGACUCUUCGGCUACCACACGACCUUUGCUCAAGAAGAAGUGUAGAAUUGAUGGGAAGAAUUAAAGAUAUUAGUGCUCGAAAGUUAGUAGGCUUUUGAAUC